AAGUCGACUCUAGAGCAAUGGCUCUCAUUACGACUUCAAUGCCGCCUCCUUUAGGUAAAUUUGGACUCAAGUGCUUGUUGAUUGGCUCUGGAUUGUUGCUGCUACUGACUGCACUUUCUUUUUUCUGUUCUUUACCUAAUCUUCACUUAAUACCAUUUCUGAUCGCAGAGAGGCACUACGUGUAUCUAAUCCUGCCUUGUAUUAGUGUUCUUCUGCUCGUGGGGAUCUGUAUAGGGCUUGUUCGUGCCACUAUUGGCCGCCCUUCGAAGGAAGAUUUAAAUGAAACAGAUAGCCAACGAUAUUUGAGGAUCUAUCAUGAGCAGCUAAAAUCAAAAGGGUCACUCAAUGUCAACAUCAUUCAGUGUAUGACCGUCGGUCCCCCAACUGUUGGAAAAACAACUUUAAAAGAACAGCUCCUCAAAUCUGAAGCUUGUUCUGAUGUAGUUAAUGAGAAGCAGACAAGACCCUGCAGUAGCCCUGUGGUUGAAAAUGUUAAGAGGAUUCAAAUUUUUCUUGACAAAGAGAGAGAGAGUCAGUCACUCUUGUCAGUCAUGGUUAAUAGCGAGUACAAUUAUUCCUGGAAAAUACUUUCAUUAGAUGAAGAAGUUAUCGGUUGCUUAAAGAAGCUCUCUGCAGUUGGGAACAGGGACAUAGCACAAGUCUCAUGGAAAGCGUAUCUUUUUAUAGUAACAGCAAUAUUGAUCUAUUGUGCUAAUCUAAUGUACGUGGGAUGGUAUGCUGACAAUCCUUUACAGUAUCUACCAGAUCCAAACAAGCCGUUUAGCAUAAGUGAUGAGAAUGGUUUGUACUAUCUUAUUUAUUGUUUUAUAUUUUUGGGAGUCUUUUUUGUAACUCUGAUAAUAAUAAUGGAGCAGGCCCAUUCUUAUUGGAGAAGAUUAACCUCUGUUAGCAUCAUUGAAGCUGAUACUGUUGUCAAAGAGGCAUUGGAACAAAACAAUGUCAAGGAAGUCCAGCCAUUUUUUGAUAAAACCUUAACCAUUUAUUUCAGAGACUGUGGUGGACAGCCAGAGUUCCAUGAAGUCCUUCCAGCUCUAGUCUCUUAUUCAACACUCUUUCUUUUGAUGUUCAAUCUCAGCGAGGACCUUGAUAAGCGCUACGAAGUUACCUACAAGGCUAAUGAUACUGAUAUUUCUGAACCAUACAAAAGCAGUUUUACGGUCAAAGACUCCUUGCUUCAGUGUCUUGCCAGUAUCAGCUCAAUUGGUAACUAUGCUAAACCAAGCACUAGUGUUUUUUGGAAGAUCCUAUCGGCCAUUAAAGUGGUUUGGGAUGCUUUUCGUUCUUUAUUUUUGAAGUCGCAACAAAUUUUUGGUGCUGUUUCAAAAGUAAUUAUCAUUGGGACUCAUAAAGACAAACUUACUGUUAGUGAAGUUGAAGAAAUCCGUGAAGAAUUGAGAGUUUAAAAAAUCAGUGAAGAUUUGAAGCAGGAAUGCAAAGGCACUGACUGGUACUCUAAAAACAUGUUUGUUCUUACUCCAAAAAGUAACCAGUUUGUACUAGGUAUAAACACUUUUAAUACUGUAGACACCAACAAAGUAAAAGACAUGGUAAACAAAGUUGUCAAAAAUGGUGGCUAUAGACUGGAGAUACCAGUGCCAUGGCUAGCACUGGAAUUUUGCAUCAGAAAGUUAGACAGGAAAGUUAUUUCUUUGAAAGACUGCCAAAGACUUGCAGACGAGUGUAAAAUAGAAAGUACAACUGAAUUCCAGGCUGCAGUUUGGUUUCUUCAUCAUAUUGUAGGAACCAUUAGGUAUUAUGACAAGGUCCCACAAAUGAACAGUGUCAUCAUUGCAGAUCCACAAAUAUUAUUUGAUAUAGUCACGGAUUUGAUAGUCAAAACAUUUAGUUUUAUUAAAGAGAAUCCUAAUGAAGAGGAUAGGUUCAAACUAUCUGGAAGAUUCACAGAACGUCAUUUGGAGAGUUGCAAGACAGUCAGAGAGAAUCUCCUUACAACCAGUCAGAUCAUAGCACUACUGCAAUACUUAAUAAUAAUUUCUCCAGUUGGUUUGAAUGACAACAAUGAAAUGGAAUAUUUCUUGCCUUGUGUACUAGUCCAUGCCUUCUUGCCACAAGAAGAGGAAGAUACCUCAGCUGUUCCUACAAGCAUCAUUCCACCUCUUUUGGUGACCUUCCAGUGUAAUUAUACUCCAAGAGGUGUUUUCAGUUCUCUCAUAGCUCAUAUACUCAACAGUAAGCAAGGAGAAUGGAAGCUAGCUUCAGAGGAGAUAUACCGUGAUCAGGUUCACUUUCGUCACAAAUCAGGAUAUGUUAUUUCAAUAAAAAACCUUUUCCGAUUUCUUGAGGUGAAAGCCGUACCUCCUAAAGGCUCUGAAUCGUCUCCAAUUAAACAUCUCCCAGGCAUCACUGAACUUUUAUCAACCUCAUUGGAAUAUGUUAGAAAGCAUUUAAACUACACCAAAGUUGCCAGUCAUUCUUUUGCCUUUUACUGUCAUAAUACUGACCACAAGAAAAAUUUAGAGCCACAUCCGGCUAAGCGUAAUGAGGAUCAUACUAUAUGUAGUAGGGAUGGGAAGAAAACGACAACCAUGACAAAAGGACAAGCUCAAUGGUUUGGUAUUUCAGUUGUUGAUAAUAGUGGGGCACUAUGUACUAAAAAUUUAGAUGAAAUUUUAUAUGUUUUGGAUGCAGUACAAUUUGAAAAAACAUCUUGGAGACGUUUUGGUCUACGUUUAGGACUAUAUAACCGAACACUGAGUGAAAUUGAAGCUAACGAGAGAGGAAUAGUUGGCAACUGUCUUCAAAAUACUAUCUUAGUUUGGUUGAAACAAAGAGAUGAUGUCAAUAGAAAAGGAAUUCCAUCAUGGGGUACUCUAGCAAAAGCAUUAGAAGACAUUGGAGAGAAAGGAGCUGCUUGUUCAAUUCUCAAGAAAUAUUCUUGAGAUUCCUAAUACCGUAUAGCGGUAAAUUUUUGUGACCCAAAAUUUUUGUGGAUUUUGCAUUUUUUUUUUCAAAAUUUA